AUGGCAUUCAUCCUGUCUGUACCAAGUUGCUACAUCACACGCUACUUCUUGAAUUAUUAUCCUGAAGAGCAAUGUGUGGCAAUUGACAUGCCUAAUUUCCUAGAUGACAAGGAGCCAAUUAUUACUGAGCACAAAGAAUCCAAAACGCGUAACCAGGAAAUUCUGUAUUCGCCGUUCAUGAAAACAAAUCUCAAACGUGCUGAGCACGUAAUCGACAUUCCGAAAGAAUGUCAAAAAUGCGAACACAUCGAGAAUGUUGCUCUCAAGGUUCAGCGCGAUUCCGGCGACUUCUAUUGCCGCGGUGUACAUUUCUAA